AUUCUUCUCUUUCCGUCCGAAAGGGGGCUUCUCAAGUCCGUCUGUCUGUCUCUCUCUCUCUCUCUCUCUCUCUCUUCAGAGCUUCCACUUCCGGUGGCCUCUGUUCUCUCUCUCUCUCUCUCUCUCUCUGCGCUCCACAGUCAGCAUGCAAUCAGUCAGCUGCAGCAACGCACUUCUCGAAAAGCGGAGCCGUAGAACGGAAAACCCACCAAGAUAAAAACAAUCUUUCAAAGGGAAAAAUCAUAAGCUGAAUCGAAGUUUGUCUGUUCUGAGCUCACGAGGGAAACACCCCACCAUUUGUCUUCCCUCCCCUGCCACAGCCACUGCUUUUAAUCGUGACCCAUCUCGAUAAAAGCAGAGGCCGGCUCCCCCCACAGUUCCGGGGAUGACCUGCUUGAGCGACGGGAGCUGCUGCUGCGCAUCUCUGCUAUCCGAAGAGGUGAUGUCGCGGCGGUUGUCGUUGAAGGAGCCUGAGCAGAGCGCCUCCGCCGCCGCCAGCAAUGGCUUCUUCUUGGCGGAGAAGGUGUUCCCGGUCUACGCGAUGGGGAUUUCGCGGCCCGAGCUCGGCCAGGGAGGCUCAGCCUUGGAUUCGGGUGACCCAAUAUGGGAGGCUGUGAGGGAGGAUGCUAAGUUGGAGGCAGAAAAAGAGCCAAUAUUGAGCAGCUUCUUGUAUGCUAGUGUGCUAUCACAUGACUGCUUGGAGCAGGCACUGGGGUUUGUUCUAGCCAACCGGCUUCACAACCCCACUCUAUUGGCAACACAGCUCGUGGAUAUAUUCAACAACGUAAUGAUGCAUGAUGAAGGCAUUAAAAGAUCGAUCCGGCUGGAUGUGCAGGCAUUCAAAGACCGAGAUCCUGCCUGUCUAUCAUAUAGCUCAGCUUUGUUAUACCUCAAGGGCUACCACUCCCUCCAAUCCUACAGAGUGGCACAUGCAUUGUGGAAUCAAGGACGUAAAGUACUUGCACUGGCAUUGCAAAGUCGUAUUAGUGAGGUCUUUGGAGUUGACAUACAUCCUGCUGCUAAAAUUGGAGAAGGGAUACUGUUAGAUCAUGGGACCGGCGUGGUUAUUGGUGAGACUGCAGUAAUAGGAGACAGAGUUUCAUUGAUGCAGGGGGUGACUUUGGGGGGAACUGGAAAUGAGGUUGGUGACCGCCACCCAAAGGUCGGUGCAGGGGCACUGAUAGGAGCGAGUGCGACCAUUCUCGGAAAUAUUAGAAUAGGGAAGGGUGCUAUGAUUGCUGCUGGCUCUGUUGUGCUCAAACAUAUCCCUUCGCACAGCAUGGUUGCUGGAAUACCAGCAAAAGUAAUAGGAUACGUGGAUGAGCAAGACCCUUCAUUAACAAUGAACCACGAUGCUUCAAGAGAUUUUUUGGAGCAAAUAGCCCUCAACUCAGGCUGAACUUUAAAAUGCGCAGGGGUUCGAGAUGCUGAAAUGAUUAGAGGAAGCUCUUGAGUUGAGAGCAGCGCGCUGAUUAUGUGUACAGUGGGUUGGUAGAGGAGUGUGUAUCCAAGAAUGAGUAACCUGUGAUUGCGAUUGAAUCUCGACGAUUCACCGUGUAGUUUGAGCCUUUGAGGCUAGUGGGGCUUCACUGGUGCACUGACAGAAGCUUGUUUGUUUUGAGAAUCAUAAUGUUCCAUCUUAGUCUAUUUUUGGGCAAGCUCUCAAGCCAUGUAGAAAAAGAACUAAAUGAAUGUCCUUUUACGGGUAUGUGAUUUAUUUCCUUCAGGAAAGUCUUUCAUACA